AUGCUCCGCUGCAGAAAUGUCUUCGCCAGUGGCACUCUUGCUACGAGACUGGUUUGCGAUGGGAGCUCGAUAAUAUCUGGCAAUUUAAGGGGAGGAUUGCUGGCAAACCACAUUACUCGUAAUGGAGCUGAUUACAGAAAUAUUUCGACAUCGAGGUUCGGCAAGCGUUCAUCAGAUGCUCGCCAAGGAAGAUCUAGAUCAAAAUCGAAUUCACCCACUAGUAAAUCAUCAUGGAAGAAUACCAGUAAUAACAAAACGAAAUCCGGUGGCGGAACAAAAGACGAGGAGCUUGUGGCGGCAGAUUUCGUUAGGCACUCAAGAGCAGGCGCUGGCAGGAAGUCAAAGCCCGGUUCGGUUUGGAAACAGAAAAUUACUGGGAGAUCUACGGUGUCGAGGAAGGCAAUCGACAUAGAACUUCAGUGGGCAAAGGAUCGUCUUAUUUUGGCAAAGCGAGUGAAACGGAUGCUUAGCAAGGGAGAUUUGGAGAAAGCACUUGCAUUGGUGAGAACUGCGCAAUCGAGGAGAUACGAUUGUAUGGGUGCUUGGAACAUGCUCUUUGACUACGAGAUGAAGAAUGACAGACCCGUUGCGGCGUUUAAACUUUAUAACGAUAUGAAAAAAAGAGGGCCCAAGCCUAACACAUACACGUACACAAUUAUGUUUCGAGGAUUAGCGAAUAGUAGUUCCAAAAAGGCAGUAAAAAUAGCGCUUUCGAUAUACAAUAGCUUGCGCUCACCUCGUUCCGGAGUUAAACCAUCUAUCCACCAUAUCAACGCGGCUUUGGGUGUGUGUGCUCGACAUGGAAAUAUGGAUGCCCUUUGGGAGGUGGCCGGAUCGCUUCCCGAACAUGGUGAAGAUGCUCCUGACGCCAGGACAUUCACCAUUAUACUCAAUGGUCUUCAGGCCCGGGUUGCCAGUGAAAUUAAACACCUUGAUCCCCGUAGUCAAGAAGACGGAAUUACAGAGAAAAAGACGGCAUUAGUACGAGAAGGAAAGAGAAUAUGGGCUAAUAUUAUGAGUCGAUGGAAAAAGGGAGAGUUGCUCUUAGAUCAAAAUCUCGUGUCAGCCAUGGGGCAUUUGCUUCUUUUUGGUCAACAAAGACGCGACUGCCUUGAUGUGUUCGCCCUAUUGCAUCAAGCGAUGCGCGUUCCAUUGCUUGAAGAUCUAGAGACACAGCUAGAAGAAAGCAGAAAAAAAGAGCAAAAGAAAUUCGCAAAUCAAGAUACCCCAGAAAUGGUGCAAGCCCAGGACGAAUCUUCUACUGAAAUCCAGGGAAUGGAGAAGAGAUCGACAGAUAAUGAUGAAACGGACCAUACCUCGGAAGGGAACUCCAAACAAUUAUCUGAAGAACCAGGACCAGUACACGAAGCACCAGGACUACCGGCCGAAGAACCGGAACCGCCGUCUGAAGUUGAAGAAUUUAAAAACUUGUUUAAUCCUCUCCCCAUUGUGCAUCUGAGCAAAAGAGACCGGCGAUUCAGAAAAUCCCGCCGUGCCAAAAUGGCCCUCCCUCGACCUGUAAAUGCUCAACUGUCGUUGAUUUUAGCAGCUUCCCGGACAAUACCAAACGGCGUUGCCAUCGGCCGAGCGUAUUGGGAGGAAUACGUUUCUAGGAAGAUAAACCCUGAUGAACAUUCCUUCCACGAGUAUCUGCGACUUCUCCGCAUAGCUCGAUCCAGCAGUGAAUCUUUUCAAGUUAUUAGGAAGCAAAUGUUACCCAGAAAGGUGGUUUCUCGCAAAACCUUCGUCAUCGCAUUAAGCUGCUGUUCUCGCGAUCGAAAGAAUCCGCAUGUAUUCGAGACGGCCAGCAAGUUGGUCGGGUUUAUGGAUACCACUCUAUCGCAACCGGAACCUGAAAUUUUGUCGAGGUACCUGGAUCUUAUUAGGUAUGGUAUUUCAGAGGAGAGCGUUAAGGAAUCCAUUUCUAUCUUGGCAGGCAAGGAGGACACGAAAUCUGCCGAUACAUUGUUCAAGAAGAGGAUAACGGACGCAAUUGCUACUCUGCGUCCGCAUGUAGACAAAAUCAUCUCGCUGCUCGCCUAUAACAGUCUUUCUCGACAUGGAAAUGAAGUGGAUGAGCCAGCUAGAGUCAAGGCUGCAUCAGAGAGGGUUGCUCGGGGCUCAUGGCCACACUCUCUCCGCGACCUACCCUCCUUCGAGGAAUCUGUUUAUUUGUUGAAACAGUACAAACAGCUGCAUGAUAUGCUUCUUAAAGAAAGGACGCUCAGCGCUGAAGAGCGCACAGUGUUUGAAACUGAGAACAAACGGCUGAAGAAAAUUCUCAGUCGAGGACCGGUAGGAUGA